GGAGAUGUUUCCAGAUACUGCUAAACAAGUCACUGGAUAUUCUUUGAAACAGAAAUAAAAAGAAAUAUAUAAAAGACACAAAAAAUUUUAAAAUAUAGAACAGGUACAAAAAAAAUUUGUGAAGAGACUGAAUAUUUGAGCCAGCAAUGGCAGAUUGUUCUUCAGAAGACGGCAUGUCAGAGGAACCAUCCUCAAAAUGGCAGCAAAAGCGAACCCACACCCCAAAGCUAGGAGAGCAGGAAGCUGAUGAUGCCACAGUCAAAGAACAGCCGGCGAAAUCCUCUUCUUCAGUGUCUUGUGAGAAGUCUGACAUUUGCUGCGUUCUGUGCCACCAGACAUUCCCAUCGACAGCCAUGAGCAAGUUCAGGAUACACAUGCGGCACUGCCACAGCCUGCAGGUUUUGAUCCAGUGCCAGGUCUGUCUGCAGACCUUCAGCGAAACCACUCGGCUGAAUCACCAUUUGUGCAGUAAUAAUGCGACAUCUUCCCAAGAGGAUGAGGAAGAGGAAGACGAGGAAGAGGACGACAAUAGUGUACAAAGCAGCAACAACAGACAUGUUGAUGUAACUAAGUUAAAUGAAACCUGUCACCUCUGCUCUGAAACAUUUUCCACGUUGUAUGAAAUCAACAUCCAUCGGUGGUCGACGCCCGGAGGCAAGGUCUAUCGCUGCUUGACCUGUUCCAAGAUGAUCGGGGGUUUGGCGAAUCUGUCCGAACACAUUGACUCUCAUUCACGCAGACGCAGCCUUCGACACAAACGACAGCCAAAAACAGAAAAGAAGAGAAAAACCAAGAAGGUCUUCCGUUGUGACUUCUGUACAAACACUUUCUCAAAUUUGUCCCUAACCAUGGAACACCGCCUGAAUGUGCACACAAACGGCAUCUCCAGUUUAACUUGCAACUGUUGUGGGCAUGUCUUUCCCGAUAGCACUUUCCUCGGCAGUCAUCUCGCACAGCCACAAUGCACUUCUGAUUCGGAGCAAACUGAUACAGCCUCAACAUGUAUGGAAGAAGACGAGUGUAAUAAAUCCAACAAAGAUAAUCCUAAUCCCACGCCAAAGCCGUUUGAUGCUGCGUCGCCGUUAAACACAAUGAGUAGUACUGAUGUAUCAUCUGAACUGAAAAAUCCUGUCACAGCAGAAAAAGAGAAGGGUGUCUCUUUCUCUGUCGAUAGUCAGCGGUCGGAAGGCAUGUAUCAAUGCGAGGCGUGUCGCUUUACUUUCAACCUAGGCCAGUGCCAUGUGACAGAGUCAGAUCAAGUGAUCUGUCCAAGUUGUGACUGUAUUUUGGAGACCGUUGCUUCUGAACUGAGAGCUAAUAGACUGGACUCUGGAAUGGAUAAAGCUGGCACAAAGGACUCGUUUAGGCCAAUGUUGGACGGUUUGGUGCUGUCCCAUCAAAUGCCCGAUGUUGCUGUUCAAGCGGAAGGUUACGAUGUCGUAAAACAGCACCAGGAAUGCCUCAGUCAAAGUGUGGAGAUUAGUGAUGUGGAUUCGGAAAACGAGGACGUUACCGUUCUUCGGUGCGAAGGGCUUAAUACCAACAACGGGAUGUGUGUUACUAGUUAUAAGCAUAAGGAUGUUGACGAGGAGGAGGGAGAUGAUGAAGAUGACGGCGAUGAUGAGGACGGAGGUGGUAGGGAUGAUGGUGGUAGUGGUGAUGAUGAUGAUGACGACGAUGAUGAUGAUUGUGCUGUUGUUGAGGUAACGAUUCCAGACGUGAAGAAAUGCAAUGAUAACAAACCCACCAUGAGUGCUGCGGUAAUUAACAUCGAUGUGGUGUCUGAUGAGGAAAACACAAACGUGACCAUUGUCGAUGCCAAACAGACUGAAGGUGCACCCAAGAAAACCGGACGGGUUGGUUUUAAGACGAAAACAAAGACCAGCGGGAUAACAAAGUCGACCCUGAAAAAGACAAUUGGUGCUAAACUGGCUAAGAAAUUAAAAAUUUCAAGUAAAAUGGAUCCAACUAUCAAGGAAGAUGGUCAGUCGACAGAGAAGAAGAUUUUCCAGUGUGACGUGUGCCACUUGACGUUUGGGUCUGUAACUUGGAUUAUGCGCCAUCGUAAAAAUCAUGCCGAAGUGUCUUUCACAUGCCAGAACUGCAAACAUGUUUUCUCUCGGUCUUGCGAACUUGGUCAUCAUUUAUCUAAGUGCCAUUCCGGUAAACCUGCUAUGGUAGUAGUAGCUGAUAAAGUACCAAAGAAAGUACCGAAACCCGAGGGAAGCAGUAAAGGUCAAGGGAAAAUCUACACUUGUGAUUUCUGCUUUCUUUCUUUUGCUUCGGUGUCGUGGGUUAUGCGUCAUCGCCGAGAACACUCAAGAAAUAUUUCAAGUUACGAGUGUCAAGUUUGCAGUAAAGUAUAUGAAAAAUCUUCAGAAUUUGGCCGACAUUUAUCUGUCUGUACCAUUUUGAAGUCCAAACAGCUGAAAUCUGCUGAAACAAAGCCAGAUGUAAGUCUACCUAAGAAAGAAAGUCCAAAGAAAAGGCUUUCAACUGAAGAAACUCCAUGCACACAAGAUUCCUCUGUGAGUGACACCACCGCAAAGAAAAGCUCCAGUGAGCAGGAAAGAAAGUUCAAAUGUGAUUAUUGCUGGCAGUUGUUUGCGUCAGCACGUUGGGUGAUUCGUCAUCGCAAAAUUCAUUCUUCCGAUCCCGUCUGCCAGUUUUGUUUCAAACCCUUCGAAAAAUCUGUUGAGCUUGGUAAACAUCUAGGGACUGAUUGUACGAACAAGAGAAAACUCGACAAUGUUCCAGAUACUACAACUAGCGCGUGCGAAAGUGAUAACGCCCCAGAUGAUGUCACCAUAUGUGAAAACGAUAACACUCCGGAUACAACCCUGUGUGAUAGCGAUAACGGUGCCGAUGAUGUGACUUUAUACGAGAAGGAUAACACAUCGGAAAUUGCAAUUGUGUGUGAGAGUGAUAAUGUUACAGACGAUGUGAUUUUAUGUGAAAAUGAAAAUGAUGAUGAUAAUAAUAAUAAUAAUAAUAACAAGGACAAUGCUCCAGAUGUGGCAACAUUAUGUAAUUCGAUAGAAUCCAUAGCCGACUCUGAUGAAAGCAGUGCGACUAUUAAAACAGAUAUGACAAAUGUGACCACCACCCCUACCAACACCAAUACCAAUCUCACAGCAACAACAACAAUAGCGAUUAACGAUAAUCAAACAGUAACGACAGGUGAAAACAAGCAGGUGUGGGAAAGCAAUUUCCACUGUGACUACUGCCCCCAAAGCUUCGCAAAUGCUCGUUGGGUCAUACGCCAUCGCAAACAGCAUUUCACCGAAGAGAACCUCACUUGUCAGCGCUGUCGUGGGCAGUUUUCUCGGUCUGCUGACCUCGGUAAGCAUCUAGCUGUUUGUCCCCAGAUCAGCUCUACGCAGAUGUUCGCAGAAUCGGCCGCGGCAGCAGCAGCAGCGUCUUACAGCCACAAGCCAAACUCGCCCGAGGCAUUUAUCCGAGACGAUGAAAACACAUCGGUUUUCUCUUGCGACCUUUGUGGUCAGACUUACGCCAGUGCCCGAUGGGUUAUGCGGCACCGACGGAGCCACUCCAACGGCGAUUCUUACAUUUGCCAAAACUGUCACCAAGUCUUCGCAAGAUCAGUCGAGAUCAGUAAACACCUUGGUUCCUGCCACCUUCCGACGGAACCCCACUCUUUGAUGAUGAAUGCGUCAUCAUCGAUGGCAAUGAAAAAUUUUGAACAGAACAGUACUUUAAACCAAAUUCCAAAUGUGACCUCAACCGUAACAACUUCAGCUCCAAUUGUUUCUGAUACCGAUCCCACGUUAUGGCAAAAAUCGGUCAUAGUUUUAGGGAACCCCAUUCACGCAAACACUGAAGUGCCUCAGAGUGAAGUUAUUUACGAAAAUCAACAGAAAGGAAAGAAGUCUUUCAUUGGUGCAAAAACAGAAAAUUCUUUGAAUCUGGUCAAACGCAGUGAAAGCCAUCUGCAGGACGAUGUCAAAAUCUUCCACAAUCAAAAUACAGACAGCAGCAGUCACAUUGGGGGUACAUCUGAAACAGCAGCAGUGGUAUACACAACCACUCCUAGUGCUAGUGCCCUCACUGUCCCUUCCCCUGCUGGCUUCAACAAUGAAGUAGCAAGGACCAUCAACAAGGAUACCAGAACUGUUCACAAUAUGUCAAAUGACAAACCCCGCCGUCAAGCUUGUUCUCCACUUCCUUCUCUUUCUCUUUCUCCUCCUGCCUUUCCUCCACUUCCUUCUCUUCCUUCUUCAGUUCCUCCUCCACCUCCAUGUAUACCUCCUCCUUCCCUUCCAUCAUCUUCUUUACCUUCUCCUCCUCCUCCUCCUACUACAUUUGCCCCUCCCCUUGUAUCGCAGCAACUAACUGCUCGUGUACUGCAGUGUGACUUCUGUCCCGAAACAUUUCUGCUCCCGUCGAUCUUGCUGCAGCAUCGGAAGUCUCAUCCGGACGGGUCUCUGCCUUAUCAGUGUCCCGACUGCGCAAGCAUUUUAGAAAACCAAUACGAAUUGGCCGGUCAUUUGCAGGACUGUCCCCAGAAAAGUUCUCAACCUUAUGACUAUUCACUUUCAGGAAAUGCUCUCGAAGACCCCUGUUUGCUGAAGAAAGAAAAAGGAACGGCUAAAUUUUCAGAGUGUCUGAAAGAAACUAGUCCAAAGGAAAGGAAAGAGUCUUGGAAUGCAAAACCAUCACUAACCAUUAACAACAGUACUUUGAUUAAACCUUCAUCAUCACCCACUAAAAUGCCUCUUAAUACUAUAGCUUCCAAGGAUAGUUACAAGUGUGACUAUUGCUCUGAAGGUUUCCCAAAUGCCAGUUCGUUGCUUAGACAUCGGUGUCGGCACACAAUGUCGAUGAACUGCCGUAGAUGUGGAAAGUUGUUCAUUAAUUUAAACGAUUUGGCGGUGCAUUUCUCACAUCCUUGUAGCCCAACGAAAAAACAUAGUGUUCCCGCCUCGUUUGAAACGAAACAAUAUCGUUGCGAUUUCUGCCAGAAGGAAUAUGGUGGGAGUAAUUGGAUAAUGCGUCACCGUAGGUUCCAUACUUCGGAGAAGAAAUACUUGUGCAGGAUAUGUGGGUAUGUGGCAAGCACCCCUGGAAACAUGGCCAAACAUCUCAGCCACUGUCCAUGGGUUAAUUGCAAGACUAGCAACAAUACCAAACAUUUGUACCCUUUGCCCGGUCACAGAGAACUGCUACCGAAGCCACAGCAAUUCAAACAGGAACCCAACAUAUUUAAAAAUCCUUUAGAUCUGUUUCGCUGCACAUUUUGCAACGAAGCGUUUGCAACGGAAUCUCAAAUGAUACAACACCAGUACGUGCAUAUGGAGAUUAAUUCCUCGAGCUCCAUGCAAUUUAAUGUAUCAAUGAAACCACUGAACUUGUCUGUUAAGAAGCCAAGUAGCAGCAUCUCCAGUAGUGCAAAUGCCGAAAUGAGAGCAACGGAAGAUGCUGAAGAAGAACCACUGAGCAAACCUUCUGCCGACACUCCGAAAGACACGUCUGCAGAUGAUGGCAGCUCCGUUAACAAUGUUAACGAACCUAGCAAACCUGUGGCUUCUUCUGUAAUGAAACAGUGGAACCAACCAGUAAAUUCUAAAAUAUUUCACUGUGAUUUCUGCGGACAAGCAUUCGCUAGUAACAACUGGGUUAUGCGACAUCGGCGGUUGCACACCAAAGAGUCACGUUACACUUGUCGCAACUGCGGAGACUGUUUUGAUAUAUCGCACGAAAUGGCCGUUCAUUUGAUUGUGUGUAAACAUACUUCGACGAAAGGAAACUCAGAGUUGCCAAACCGUUCUAAUUCGAACCAGGAAAAUUCCAAUCAAAGCCCCAAUCAACAACACCAGAGCAAAGAAAUUGGAUUUCUUAUGAAUAACAAAAUGACAGACUCAUCAACAAUAGAAAACCACCAGGAGAAUAAAAUUAUUUACACUUGUGAUUUCUGCGGCAAAGACUUCGGCAGCAAUAACUGGAUCAUACGUCACAGAAAGCUGCACACACAAGAGACGAUAUUUGAAUGCCGUGUCUGUGGGGAGGGCUUCGUGCACUCUCACCAAAUUGCAUCACACUUAACAAGUUGCAGACGCCCAACAAAGAAAGAUUACAAAUUAGCGAAGAGGGCGCUGAUGAAUUCUGAAGCUUUGGCCUCUUCUAAGCUGCGUUCCGCUGGACGGUCGGCCGAUUGUAAGCGUUUUCUAAAUACAUUUCCACUUUGUGAUUUUUGUGGUUUACAUUUUCCCAGCAGGCAACUGACUGUUGUGGAGGAGGGGAAGAAAAAGUGUCGGUUAUGCAUUCAACAAAUACAUCGUCCUUGGAAGAUAAACCAACGGAAAGACAGCAUUCCUAACAGCUGUAAUAAAGACACUGGACACUCUCAGAGUGAAGAAUCAAAACAACAUUUAAAAUUACAUACGUAUGAUAAUGUGGCUGCUAAAAGCCAACUUCACCUUUUGCCUUCUUUAAAUCAACUAAAUAACACAUCAGAGACUGAAAGUACCAGUCUUCCGUCCAGUAGAGUGCCAAGCAGCAGUGGCAAGCCAUCUGAUUUCAGUUCCUUCUCCUCCACUGUCUCGUCAAUGCAACUAGCCAACGAAAAGCGGAAGAGUUCAUUGGACUAUCAAAGUUAUUUUAACCAAUCAAAUGAAGAGGUGUUGCUUACACAGCCUAACAAAAAAUGUAAGUUGAUGGUAGGGGAAAGUUCCGGAAAUUUAUUGGCUUCCUCAGAUUCUGGAAAUCAACAGAAUAUCUACAAUGAAAAUAAGCAUCAAUUAAAAGCCAAUUUGUCAUCUACUGAAGAAUAUAAUGCACCAUUAUUACCAAAGACUCCUCUUCAGGCAGAAACUUCUCUCUCUGAUUGUCCCUCAAUAAAGAAUAAUACAGAUUAUCUUGAAAAAUGUCAGAACGACUCACCUCUCCAAACAAACUUUGGACAUUCAGAACGGGAAGAAAAUCGUGGGAGAGAAAAUGUGUUACCUUUUAAAGAAGAAAUUACGUUUUGUAAUUUAGGCCCUUCUCAAAGUGUAGAAAAUGCUUUAAAAAGUGAUGAGAAAGGCACCGAUGCUCACAGCUCUGAUGACAGUGAAUAUGGUAGUUCACUGGAGAAGUUUGCAGAAAGCCUCAAUUUGAUCUGCAAGAAGUCGAAAUUCCGGUGUGACUUUUGCGAAGAAGCAUUUGCCGUUGCAGCUAAUCUCAUAAAACACCGAGUAAAACACAUCAGCGACACGAGUCUUUGGUGCCGUAACUGCAGGCGAAUUUUGCCAACCUCACAGGAUCUAGCCCAACAUCUCAGCUGGUGCCGUUUGCAAUCAAAAGACAGCAGUUCUGACGGAUCUCUGAGACAGCAUAAUUCCGAUAAGAUGUAUAAAUGUGACUUCUGCAGCCAAAGGUUCGGCCAUAGCUUACGAGUCAUGAAACAUCGCAAAGAUCACGUACAAGAGGAAGGAAUAUUUAGGUGCCGCCGAUGCGAUACAGUUUUUUACCGGUCUGGUGUGUUUGCUGAUCAUUUGGCUUCUUGUUGCCUGAGUCGGCGUACGGGUUAUGAUUCUCCAAGAGCCAAUGGUAAAACAGUGACAUCACCUCCGAUGAUAAUCAGAAACGGCACAGCACAUUCCUGGCGUCGGUUUGUCUUUGCAGACCGACAGAAACUUCAAAGGCUUUUUCACUGUGAUUUCUGCCGAAAGACAUUUGCAGGUAGCAAUUGGAUUAUGCGUCACCGAAGAGGCCAUACUAAUGAGAUGCCCUAUAAAUGCCGCUUGUGUUCAGCUGUUUUCAUCCAACCAGGUUGUAUGGCCGAACACUUGCUCACAUGUGUCGCAAGUGGUAGUGCCUCAGUGUCUGGACUGAGUAGUGGAGAAAACUACACCAGUGGAAAGAGUUUAAGUGAUUCUAGUCCAAAAUUUGUUCCUCCAAACCAGAACCAAACAAAGGGUUUAUUCAGAUGUGAUUUUUGUGGCAGGAAAUUCCCUUCUAUCAAGGAAGGGCUGCUACACCGUCAGUGCCACAAUGAGUCUUUUACGGCAACCUUACACUGCAGAUGUUGUAGAAAAGUCUGCGAAUCUCUGAAUGACUUAGGAAUCCAUUUAACUCACUGUUCUCUACGUAAAGAUAAACCGAACAUGCUCCUCCACGAGUCCCUUCCUGCUAACAAAACCCCAAAGUUAAAAAUACCGAAUGUCUUGCAGAGGCAACAACAGAGGGUUGGAGAUCCUGUCAGCAAACGUUGUGCCGUGUUUGCCUGUGACAUUUGUGGCAAGCCAUUUCUUGGUGUACCUUUGUUGUUGGAGCACCGCCAAAGCCAUGCGAAAGAAAUUGACAUCCACAAAUGUUACAACUGCAGAGAAAAACUCGAAUGCCCAAUGUCCGAACACCUGCUUGUAUGCAAUUCUUCACGGACUUACCGAAACAGAGACACCAACAACAACAACAAACAUUCCAAGAAGAAAUCACCAGCGAAACACAACCAUUUGAAAAAGUACGCGGAACAGCACUCGGCUGUUCGACCGAGUAGUAGUAGCAGUAGUAGUAAUAGCAAAGUGGAUAUGGUCUCGGAGACCCAAGACCAGCUGUCUGGAGCCGAGGACAAUUCUUCAGAGACAGAUGAUGGCUCCAACACCAAGUUCACGUUUGAAUGCUGUGGCCUUACAUUUCAGACAGUAGAUGACUUCACCAAUCACAUUAAAUGCCAUCAAAGAUGGCCUCGUUUCUAAUUUCCAUUGCAUCGCAUAUGUGUGAGUAUGUAUGUAUGUAUGUGUGUGUGUGUGUAUAUAUCUAUAUAUAAAAGAUGGAAACUAAAACAAAAAUAAUGUUGUAAUUGGGAUGCAGAACUAGAAAUACCUCAAAUGCUUGAUAUCAUGAUUAUUAUUAUUAUUAUUAUUAUUAUUAUUAUUAUUAUUAUUAUUGCGGUGAGCUAGCAGAAUCAUUAGCAUGCUGGGUGAAAUGCUUAGCAGUAUU